UUCUUCCUCUGUGUGAGCAAACUCUGUUUGAGCAAGGAUUGAAAUACUCUGUGUGAGCAAGGAUUGAAAUAGGCCAGCUUCCCGCCUGCCUUGUGAAGGUUAGUCAUGCCUUCUUUGCGGGCUGCUAUGUCUUCCCUGUGGUGAUGAAAUCCAUCCUCCUGGAACUGAAAGGAAGACAGAGAGGAUCAGCCAUGCUGCAUUUCCCCUGAGGAUUUGAACCUGAGCAGAUGACAUCAGCUUCCAAAGCAGACAUUUCCUUUACUGUGACUUCAGCUUCAUCCCCUGGAGUCAUUUAGUUGGACUCAUGUCUCUUGAGCGUCAAUCUGUCUUAACGAUUUCCUGCCAGCCUUUUUAGGAGACUGACGUUUUCUGCAGUUCCUCUCGCAGGAUCUCCGAGAUUUACUUGGCGCGCCGCGAUCCUGUGGCUGAGGUUUUGUUUCAGGCUGAUCUUGUGCCUGUGAGAUGGAGUAUGAAUACCGAGAGAUACUCCUGUUGACCGGCCUGGAGGAAAUCACCAAGAAGGAACUGCAGCGGUUCAAGUACUUUGUCAUGGAUGAGUUUAAGAUCUCUAGGAGCCAACUGGAAGAGACUACAAACAGGACCGAGUUAGCGGACCUGCUGAUUCAGAGCGCAGGCCCAGCGUUGGCGGUGACAAAGACCAUUCAUCUUUUCCAGAAGUUAAAUUACAUGCACGCUGCAAAAUGUCUUCAGGAGCAAAAGAAAAAAGUUGAGAGUCAAUCCAUGACAAAUAGAAAGAAGAAAGAAACGCAGCAGGUAGAAAAAAGAAGUCAAGCUGAAAGCUGUUCUGGUGCCUCUGCCACCAGCAGAGGAGAAUCCUCCAAGAAAAACUCUGCUCCAGAGGUCCAUCCUCAGGCUAAGCCUCAGAAGCAGCAGACUGUGGCAGAGCAGGAAGCUAUCAGAGAAGGUUUACAGAAAGAUCCACUGGCGGUCUUGGUGUUGAAAACUACGAAUCCUUUCAAGUGUGAGACUGAGGAGGACAUAUUCCAUGCGACAGUGGCCACAGCAACCGCAUUUUUCUUCGUAAAAGUUUUAUAUGCACCGUUUAAAGAUAAAUUUACCCCAAGGAGAACAAUUAAAAUAUCAAACUAUCUUUGGCACUUUAACUUCUUGGAGGUGACCAGCUCCUCAAUUGUGGUUGAUGCUGACACUGACCUCAAAGUCUGUGUCCCAAAUAACCUUAGGCAAAAAGCUGGAAGAACUCCCACGAUUAAGAUGCUGAAGACCCAACCUUGUGGAACAAUUGUGAAUGGGAUAUUUAAAGUCCAGAAGAUAACAGAGAAACAAAAGGACAGAGUACUGUACGGUGUAGAAGACAAAACAGGGGAGAUGGACGUUCUGGUGCUUGGAAACCAGGACAAAAUAAAAUGUGAGACAGGAGAUAAGCUUAGACUUGUAUUUUUUGAGGUGUCAGAAGAUGGAAAGAAAACACAGUUGAAAUCAGGACCCUACAGCUUCUUUAAGGUUAUUAAGUCUCCAAAACCAAAAACUGAGCAAAAAGAAAAGUUUACAUUGAAGUCAACUCAUCUAAACAACACUUCUUUGAAGGAUUCUAAUACUGCUUCUUGAACCAGACUGAGCUGCCUGAGGCCAGAAGUUUACAAGCUCUUCAUCCUAUCCUUUAAAUUCAAAAAGGAUAAAUACUUCACAAUUUCUCUGUUAGCUGAAUGGCAAAACAAAACAAAAAUCUAGUAAAAAAAAAUCCAUGAGAAACCCCCUUUUGAGUAGUUGAUUGUCUAGGAGACUCCUAAAACAUUAUGGGCUAUUGCUCUUGCCAUUGGUUGAUCCCCAGAGGUCAAGAUAAGUUCAUAUUGCUGAAGACACCAUGCACUUCAGACACAGGGUUCAGAGGUUCCUGAGCUGUAACUGGCCUGAGAGUCUUCUCUCCAAGGAUUAUCUUUCAUAAUACCAGAAGGUAACACACAAACCUCCCAAAGAGGGAGGCAACCAUCAGUAGCACCCAGCUGUGAUGCCUAAGAAUCAUAAAGAUGAGCAACAUGGCACAAUAAUCCUAAGGGUGAAUUAGUGUCAUGAAUGCCUUAGUAGUAACCAACAGUUCUGUAAUUGGACUUAAGACCCACUUAACAAGAAAGAAAUCAUUCCUGGUACUAGAAACGUAGGCAACUACCCUGGGUUAGUGAAGUCACAAAUUAUAGAGGAGAACAUACUACCACCACUUCUCUAAAACAGCAUCACCCCUAACUACACUAUAAGAAUUUGUCCUUAUACACUUAGAUAAGUGUAGUCCUUAUCCUUCAUGAAGAAAAUUUCUCCUUGCAAUAUAUGGAGACAAUUAAAAAAAAAAUCACAGCCAUCAAAAUGUAGUGCUGUGACUACCAGUUCCAGUGAAUAGAACUAUAAUAGAACUCUAACACUUAAGGUACAGGGAACAUCAUAGAACAUGCAUAGGAACAUCAUAGACCAUCAUAGGGAUGAAAAGCUUGCUGGUGGUGGUCGUGUCAGAGGAGCAGCAGUUGGCAAUUGAGCUUCAGGAGUUCAGUUCACCACAAUGAAAGGCACAGAUGGGUGAAUUUUGGAUAGGCAAGGCUCCAAAGGUUUCGGAUCCAUAAUAUCUCUUGAUAGUGCUGUGCUGCCAUUGUUCUUUGGUAUCUGCCAUGGUGUGAAUGGGCAUGGGGGGGGAAUCCCCACUGCCUUUAAUGUAGUGUGAUUAUUUCAUGUGAUUAUUUUUGCCUGUGGAUUAUUAUCAAGAAGGUUUUUCUUAAGCUUUGUUUAAGUAAUGAAGUAACUAACUGAAGUCAUUAUUCUAUACAAUAAUAGUAUUAGUUUAAAUAGAAUUUUGAUGAUUAAGGGUUUCUAACAAAUAUAGUAAUGGAUUAUAUAGCUAUAUAGAUUAUAUAGAUAGAGGUUAGUUUAGUGGGAAAAUUAAUAAAGGUAAAAUUUGGAUAUAGUGUUGGCCCCAGGGGCAGCAGAGGAUAGAAAAUAGGAGCGGGGAAGUGUCACACAGCUGGGAUGUAGCUGUUUCUCUUGAGGACUCAGAGAGACUGUGGUUUAGGUUAAAGAUUUAGGAAAACAAUUGAGUCCCGGGAAUUAAGCUAGCUCAAGGGUUUUUUUUUUAUUCUUGAUGCUGAGAAAUAUGUUCAUGGGUUCAGUGUGUAUCACAGCUAAACCAAGUUUUAAAUAAUAACUUCAUGUAACUAAAAAGCAAAGAGUUGCAUGGUCAGUUAAGAUCAUUAUACAAGACUCUAAAGUAGAAAUAAAGAAACAAAUAGCCUGUUUUUCUGGAAAUUAUAAAAAUUACUGCCUAUGUAAAAGUCUAAAAGACAAAUGUGUAACUAAGUGUGAGUUUUUCAGCAAAUUCAUAAAGACAUGGUUAAGAAAUAUAAUUGAGUUGAGCUAUUCCAGAAAAAUAUUUUUAUGGUGAUUAUUUAGUAACGGUGUAACUUUUGGUUAUGGGAAACAUCCUUCUUUUUGUAAUUUACUUGGUGUGGGUAUUGUAAACAGGGUUUCUGAAAAUAAAAAAGUAGAAGAAACUUUUAU